UACUAUUUUGUGAUUAGCUUUCUGGAGAUCAAGUGAGGACUGUGGAUAAUAUGUAAAGCUGAAACAGUUGACAUAUUUACUUUUCAUUGGCGGACUGGUUUUGACCAGGAUUUUCUGAAAUACAAUGAGACCCGCUUAAGACAACUGCCAUGUCAAUUAUCUGAUCCUAUACCAUUGGGAGAGGGUGUUGGUGUCAGGAUGAAGAAAGGUGCUGAUUCCAUGAUGAUGCCUGAGGGUUCAACUUUAUAUGACUUAAUUGAUACUGGAAUCAAGCACACUCAUGCAGCUGUUGGGGUGGUAGUUCGUUUAAGAAAAGAAUUAUCGCUUGUGAAAGAUAUUCCUGUGCUUUUUGCUAUUGAUCAAUAUAACAACUGGUUUACAUUCAGUGAAUUUGAAGAACCAGUGACCGUUCGUUCUACUCGACCAAUACACGCUAGAGAACUCGCAAUGGUUAGUACGAACUACUUGCUUGGAUUGAUUUUUCUUUUCUGUUUCUACUCGCUAACAUUCAUUGCAAUACAUUGGAUGUUCCUGGAAUAUCUUGUUCAGUUUCUCCAUUGUUUCAGAGUUGAUGCAAGAAGUAUCGUCAAAACUUAUCGUCGAGUUUGA